UUCUUCUUCUUGAACAACGCUCAAACUCAAUAGUGUAACACACAACCUCGGUCCCUCCAUGGACCCCCACCAUCACCAUGGCCUCGCAGAAGAAGAAUUCAGAGCCCUUGAGCCCAUCAUCCAAAACUACCACACCUUUGAGCCAUCUCCAAACACCUGCACUUCUCUCAUAACACAGAAGAUUGAUGCCCCAGCCCAAGUGGUCUGGCCCUUUGUGAGAAGCUUUGAGAACCCCCAGAAGUACAAGCACUUCAUCAAGGAUUGCACCAUGAGGGGUGAUGGUGGGGUUGGGAGUAUAAGAGAAGUCACUGUGGUUUCUGGGCUUCCAGCCUCCACCAGCACAGAGAGGCUUGAGAUUCUGGAUGAUGAGAAGCAUAUCCUAAGCUUCAGAGUUGUUGGAGGGGAGCACAGACUGAAUAAUUAUCGAUCAGUGACUUCAGUAAACGAUUUUUCCAAAGAAGGGAAGGAUUACACCAUCGUUUUGGAGUCUUAUAUUGUGGACAUACCAGAAGGGAACACAGGAGAAGACACCAAGAUGUUUGUGGACACUGUUGUGAAGCUCAAUCUUCAGAAGCUUGCAGUUGUGGCCAUCACUUCUCUGCAUGAAAAUGAGUGAUAACAUCCCAUCAAGUGUAAGUCUUUUUUUUUUUCUUUUUCUUUUUCUUUUUUAGGAAUUCUGUGGAAUUCAAACAGUGGGGUGGUAUGGGUUUUGUUAGUUUGGGAAUUGGGGUUUGGGGAUUGGUUUGUAUAUGUGUUCUUUUCUUAAGUUUUGUUUGGGUGCAUGCAUUCAAAUAGUGUUGAAAAUCUUGUGUUUCCUCUUCAAUAAAUGAUCAAAUCUCCAUUCAAAUUAA